CGCAACUUGCGCCGAGAUGAGUGGUUUAGGCAUUAGGCGCUUCAUAAAAUGUUUAACCACUGUCAGCGGCACGGGUGAUGCUUCUUACCCUGAUGGUACGAAACUGUUGUUUCAUCUCAAAACUGAAGCCCUGCCAGAGGAUACUGAUGUGUCCCAUGUAGCUGUGAGCAACAUCCCUCAGCUUUAUGGAGAUGUUAUUGAUGACAGUCGGCACUGGAAGCAGCCGGUGGAGCUGAUUUUGGGCAAGCAGUUUAAGCUGGAGGUUCUUGAAGAGUGCGUGAAGAACAUGAAACUUGGUGAAGUUACCGAGUUUCUUAUUGACAAGAAGAUGCUGUCCACUUAUCCUAUAGUAUCACAGACAAUGAGGAAAGCCUUGAGCAAGAAUCCACCAUCACAUGACAAGGAGGGUGGACAUCGCUGCUGUGGCAUGGGCAUCAAGGAAGGCUUGGGGCAUGCUGACCUGGAUGGUCUUAUAGCUCGGCCUCGCCACAUGAAGUUCACUGUCGAGUUGUUGAAGGUAGAACUUCCGGGAAGCUACGAGAAGCAGUUCUGGGAGAUGACGGACGAUGAGCGGCGUGAGAGCGUCUCGCUGCUUAGGCAGCAGGGCAACGAGCUCUUCAAUAACAAGCGGCCUGUCGAGGCCGGACUCAAGUACAAGGAAGCCAUCGCCAGGCUCGAUAAUCUGAUGCUCAGGUGA